CAGCGAGGCGGCCAGCGAGCGGGCACCACCCGUGCGUCUCAGCAUGGCUUUCGGAACAACACUGAAAGCGGGAGCGAGGCAUCGGCAUGUCUCAGACAGUUCACAUCCAAGAUUGUCUCGGAACGUCGGUUAGCAGUGGCUACGUGAAGAGAGGAAUUCAAAACGCUCAGAAGCAGUCCGAAAUCCUUUCCUUCAAAAGGAGACUGGUAUAAUAGACGUCCAGUUUUCUAGGAAGAGUAGAUGAUCAUCAAACAGUGUAAAAGAGAAGAAGGUGUUUCCUUAGAAGAAACUUUGAAGACAAUAAAGCAAUGGCUGAUUUUGUGAACGUAAAGGAAAAUGUGUGACAUGAUCUUCUGCAAGGUUUUCUUCAAUACACAAAUUUUGGAGAGAACAACCGAUGGACACCUGUGCAACUCAAAUGAUGGCGCUGGCGCGUCGCAAUCGACGGCUGUUGGGCGAGGUGGUGGGGCAGAGGCGGUUUGAUUUCCAUCGGCCGCGGACGACUGGAGGCUCCGCAGUGUCUGCGUUUGCAGCACCCUGCCCAAGCUCUUAUCUACCGUUUGACGUAGCUUCCUACAGGACAGCUGAGCACCAAAUCACCAAACCAGUGUCGUUUGCAUGUAUAAAGACAUUGGACAACCACGACCAGAGUUCUGCAAAAUAAACCACUAAUCUAUUUUUUUUAAAUAUAUAUUUUGUCAGGCACCGAACCAACUAACUUAAUGCGAUUGUAAGGUUAUACUUCAGAUCUGUUUUCAACUGAUAGAUGAAUCUGCCAUUCACGAGACAGGAAGAUAAACAUGUCUAAGAAAGUACCAAAGCUUUCCCAUCCUGUAUGGUUUCGGCAAAGGGAACAUGGGAAACAAGUACCUCUCAGAUAUUCAAAUGCUUUUAACAAGAGUUUGAAUUCCUCCAUCUCGGCAUACCAAUCUUGGAUCAAAGAAGAAAAUUCGGAGAGUGUGCACGGCGGAGUGCUGACCUUGGACUUCUCCCCUGAUGGAGCUCUUCUGGUGGCAGGUUGUGCGAGGAACAGCUUCCUGACCUUUGAUCCUUUAUCUUGCAAGUUGAUUCGCACAGUUGACAACGCGCACGAAAGUAGCGUUACUAAUGUGAAGUUUUUGGAUUCCCGAACUUUUGCAACGGGCAGUUCGGACAAGACUGUCUGCUUGUGGGACACCAGAAAUCUGAAGACACGACUGCGAACUUUCCGGGGGCAUGCAAGCACAAUUGGAAAUAUUGAUUUUUCACCAAAAAAUAACUUGCUAAUAACGUCUGGACUAGAUGGAAUUAUUUACUCAUGGGAUAUGAAGAUUUGAACACACUCGCUUUGGACGAGAUAUUCGGGACAACAUACGUGAAAGAGACGGUCACUAAACCGUAUUCCAUUGCUAAUCGCAGAAGAAACCGCGUGGAGAUUGUGGCAGACUUCCCGUAUCCAAACAGAUUCAGCGUCAUCUCUGCGCUGGAGGUGCACCCUGAGGGCUGGAGUGCGAUCAGUCGCAGCACGUGCGAGGCGAGCGAAGAAGAGUGGACGUGCGUGCACGACAUCCGGGACACGGAGCCCUCCGAAGGCCCCCAGCGCCAGAGCGCCGCGGGGGCGGAGCACAGGGCGGAGGACGGAAGGCGAUGCGGUGGUCGGGGAGACGAGGCAGGCGCCACUGGGCCUUCCCGGGCGGUGGGCCCCCCACCAGGCCCCUCCCCUGCGCCCCACGGGGCCCUUGUACGAGCCAGCCCUACGCGUAGUCGAGCUUCGAGCCUGGUGCUGGAGCCUUCCUCGUUCGAUUGUCGCGAUUCGAGUAUUACACAAUGGAAUCCUGCACCUCUUUCACGUACCACAAGACUGACUCACUGUAUUGAGGAACGAUUUGACAACGAGUGGUAUAUCGAUAAUCUCUGUAUUUCCGCUGAUGGUCGUUUAAUAUGUUCCCCAUUCAUGUGUGGCAUUAGGUUACUUACAUUUUUACCCGAGUGUUCCGAGGUGCCUGUUCCUUUGUCUCAAUCAGUGCAGAGUCGCUUACACGAAUUUAAAACGUACGUUUCUGACACUGAAAUUGUAGUGUGCGCAAAAUUUUCGCCCCGACACUCUUUGUUAGCAAUUGGAUGCUUAGGUGGGAGACUUGGUUGGUAUCAACCUGUUCUGUGAUUGUUUUACCUUCUAGAUUCGACUUAAGGAACGGAGCAUCAAGACAGUCUUUUCAUCAUUGUGUUUUUCAGGCUAAAUAUCAAAUAAUCACUCUUCAAAAAGAUUAACUCACAAACAGACUUUUGGGGUUACUCUAUUAAUUUUUAAACAGCAAUCCUAUUUAAAAUGUCUUUAAAUUCCUGACGCACGCGUAUGUGACUGAAAAUUGGAUUGAUUCCAAUCUUUAUCGGAAAAACAGGUAUGGGAAUGUUAUUUAAAUGACGUAGGCGUCCGUGGCCAGAGUCAUGAUUUGCUCUGUCCGGGUGACGCCACGUCAAAGGCUGAGGUGCCGAAGUUUGGACCAACAUAUCGCGGUAUAGUGCCAUAAACUACGGCCUUGAAGAUCGCGAUAUGUUGAUCGAAUCUUCGGCACCUCAGACUUCGACACAGCGUCACGCGACAGCCCAGAUCAUACAUUUUAUUUUACUCAUUAUAUUGUGUUUCGGCUUACAGGAGGUCGCAUUAUAUUGUUUUUAGUAGCAAUGGAAGUCUUAGUAACAGAACUAAAUAUUAAUUUUGAAAUUAGACAAGAGAGAAUGGAAUGAUAUUUAACUGCAAGUUUCGUAGAAGAAAUUAAUGAUAAUGAACAAAGUUUUGUGAACGGUCAAUCUAAAAUGAGAUACAAUUUAAAUUUCAGCCUUUUCUGUAAAGAUUUUUUCUAAACGACGAAAGGUAAAAAAAGUUACGGAACUUAACCACGAUCUUACACCUAAAUUUAGAAUGAUCGUCUACAAGACUUAGUUGAUGGACGUUAAUCUGUCCUACGAAGCUUGAUAUUAAUCUAAAUUUCAUUCUCUCUGAACCUCUUUCGCAGAUUUCAGGUUUGAUUCUAAGAUUUCCAUUGCUAAAAAACGAUAUGGUGCGAAUUCAUCGAAGUCGAGAGGAUAAUGUAAUGAAUAAAAAAAACGUUUACAUAAAAGUUUAUACGUGAAAGCAUCAUAAUAGUCAGUUUUAAAAUUGUCAGAAUUUUAAAAUAAGAAUGUAUUAUGAUACAAUAGAGACAAAUGUUUCCUAUUGUUGAUAUUUAAACAAUUAUCCAUGAAGAUUUUCAGUCACACACGAGAUAAUCAUAAACGUUUCUUAUUUCUUUUAAAACUAAUCUUUUAAAACGUUAAUAUCUUCCGCCAUGCCAAUAAAGCACAGUAUAUCAUGAUACUAGUACUAUGAAAACACAGUUACUGUAGAUUAAUUGCGUAUCAACCGAUUUUUCAAGUAGAGUUUUCAUUGCUUAUAUUUUCAAAAUCCUUACAAUGCUGAUAAUGCUGACGACGCAGACGGCAUAAACUGUGCAGUUGUUGACAUGACAGUAGAAAGCAUCCCGUGCUAACACACCAUGUAUUCCACCUCUGCCAGACGACUGGUCCGAAACAUCACGAAAUUAAUGUGCUAAUUACAUAGGGGUGUUAAAUUUUUCCCCACUUUCGACCCGUGUCGAUGACGCGUGUUUUCCUCAGU